UUAAUUACUAAUUAUUAUACUUAGUAUUUCUUACUCUGUGGCGUGGGUUUUGUAUACGAUCACUGAUGCAAGAUUAAGAUUUAAAUAAUAUUACAUAAUUAUACAAAUAUCAAUAAAUAAGACCAAACUAUGGAAGAAAACGGUUAUAAAUGUAUUAAGUAUUGUAUGGCCUGCUUUAGCGAAAAUGCAACUCAAAUUUAUAAAAUUAGAAAUGAUGAUUGUAAGAGAAUAUUUCAGGAUAACAUAUUGAGACUGUGUUUUAUUUGCAUGAGUAUAGCAAGAAAUACUGAAACCUUCAUAGAAAGUGUCCAAAGAAAUCAAACAUUACUUCAUAAUCUAAUGAAAAGUGCAAGGAUGACCAUUUUAAGUAUAGAACCAAGACCAAUAAAAAAUCUACAAUAUGAAGCAAUGGAAACUAUAGAAAUUGGAAGAGAAGUAUGUGAAAUAGAACCUUUUCCUAUACUGGUAUACAGCCAUAGUCAUGAAGACACAUGUGAAGAGAGCAGUGUAACUAAUAGCAAUGAAGAUAUUUCACUCUUUGAAAUUGAAUGUGAUACUUCAAUUGUAAAGACUGAACUAUUGGAUAUAAAAUGUGAAAAUGUUGAGAGUGCAAGUGAUUUUAUGAAUAGCAGUGUAGAGCUAAACAGUUAUUUAAGAUCAGAUAGUGAAUCAGUGGGGAGAUAUGCAGAUAAAACUAAGGAAAUACCUUUUAUUACAGCUAAUAGAGAUUGGAGAUCAAUAGUUGAAUGUGAUACUCCUAGACUACUUGUAAAAGCUGAACCACUUGAUAUAACAUGUGAAAAUAAUGAGACAAAUGAAGAUACAGAUGAUGAUGAAAAUACUGAUAAUUGGACUUUAAAAAGUAAGAGUAAUGAGGGAAAGUCAAUAGUAGAUGAAAGAGAUAUAAUUGAAGAAAACAUAUCAAGAGAAGACCUUAUGAAGGAAAUGGAACAGUCGGCAAAUGAGCAUUAUUACAUGAAUUCUGCAUUUAAAUGUGAAACUUGUGUGAAGGGCUUUAUGUUCAGGGAUCUUUAUGAAAAUCAUCUGAAGUCACAUUGUGAGACGCAAAACAAGAACAGACGGCCAUAUUCAAACGCUGAACGCCAAAGGAGAUACAGAGAAAGGAGAAGAGCAGAAAAGAAGAAAAGCUCCACAAAUAGCCCAGAUAGAGAGCUGGAGCCGGGGCAAGCGCAGAGUCCACUUGAUGGUGGGAUAAGUAAACGCCAGCCGCUAUCUAGCGCUGAACGCCAAAGGAGAUACAGGCAAAUGUUGCGGGAAAAACAACGGAUUGGAAGGUUAAGACUGCACAAACUGUCGAUCCAGCUGAAUUGGCGCGAAAACGUCAUUUAAAUAAACAGCGACAAAGCCGCUUUAGAGCGCGGCAACGGUUUCAAGCGCCCAGUACGUCGCGUCAAGCGCAGGCGGAAAGGUUUAUAUUGAAAUGAAUUAUUUGUCACUACUUCCACAUAAUAAUGUGUCAUGAGGUGUUAAAAGAUAUAUUUAUAUAGUCUAAGAAUGUUUUGAUAUCGGUCCAGCAGUUCUUGAGUUUAUUCAUCCUAUUAAUAUAAUCAACGCAAUAUUUGUAAGUAUAGAUCUAUGAUGUAUGUAUGUUCGAUACCCUUUCACAAUUUCGAAAACAGCUUAUCGUGUCUGUAUGAAAUUUGGGAUUGAGAUAGAUUAUAGUCUGGAUUAGUGCAUAAGAUUUUCAUCCGAUUUUCAUCCACCACGCGCGUGACGCUAGGUUAUUGCUAGUUACAAAUAAAAAUAUAAAUUAUAUUGUCUUGAAAGUUAUGCCUUAACACUUCUUUAAGACUACAUUAGUGUAAAGCAAGUGAUAUAAUGCCUUAAACUAUUUGGUCGUCUGCAGUUAAAUAAAAAA